GUCCUGGAGGACUACGCAGAUCCCUUCGACGCGGCGCAGGUGGCAGGUAGCCAGGCAGGGCUGGAGAAGGUGGCAGAGAACGAUGGAUAUAUGGAGCCCUAUGAAGCCCAGAAGAUGAUGGCUGAGAUCCGCCAGAAGGGCUUACGAGAGGCUCCGGCGCGGCCACUGCACCUCUACGACACUCCCUACGAGCCUGUGCUCGGGGGACCAGACAUGGACUGUGAGCGCUCAGCUUGCCCCAGGCCCAGGGAGUCGCGGCUCCCUGAGGACGACGAGCGGCCACCGGAGGAGUACGACCAGCCCUGGGAGUGGAAGAAGGAAAGGAUCUCCAAAGCCUUUGCAGUUGAAAUCAAGGUCAUUAAAGACCUGCCCUGGCCCCCGCCGGUGGGACAGCUGGACAGCGGUGAAACGCCCCCGGAGGGGGAGGCUGGUGCUCCCCUCCCUCUGCAGCAUGGCCAGCACAGCUACGAAGACGCCAAUGGUGACGAGUUGAAAUUGAAGCCUGGGUGUGAUGUACAAGGGUCCACCCGAGGCACUGGGGUAUGGCCGCACCUCACCCUGCAGGGAGGAGAAGGCCAGGGCUGCCCCUCGGCACGGCUCCACCAGCCUCAAGGGCACCAAGACACUCAUCGCCGAGCCUGGCCCCUUCGUCGGGGCGGGGAGAGGAUUGACCCUGCCCUGCCCCUGGAGAGUCAGUGCUGGUACCACGGGGCCAUCAGCCGGACGGACGCGGAGACGCUGCUGAGGCUGUGCAAGGAGGCCAGUUACCUGGUGCGCAACAGCGAGACCAGCAAGAACGACUUCUCCCUCUCCCUUAAGUGAGUGAGCCCAGACAGGGCAGGGGGACUGUCACGGACGCAGGAGAACAAGUACGUGCUGGGUCAGCACAGCCCUCCCUUCGACAGCGUGCCGGAGAUCAUCCACCACUACGCCAGCCGCAAGCUGCCCAUCAAGGGGGCCGAGCACAUGUCCUUGCUUUACCCGGUGGCUAUCCGUACCCUAUAG